CCUAAAAAAAAAAAAAAAAACGCAUUACACGGUGGCAGACUUUCCUCUGUGAAAGCACAAACCAUUAUGAGUCGGACUCCCCACGGCACUGGAACAAUCCCAGUGCUUAGAGUCUCUGUUCUCAUGCGGUACUGCACAGGUUCUGAGUCAUGACGUAUUUACUGACAACGCCGUGCGAGUUUUCGCACGGGCGCACCAGCAGCUCGGUAAUGUACUUCUUGGUCAGAUAAACCUCCCCUUGCACCUCUGUCACCGCGUCUAUUAGUUCUUUUCUCUCGGCUAUCGGAAUCAUCGGACCUGUCCGUUUGAAGAGCGCUAUUCAAUUGGGAUUUUUCACCUUUCCUGACAGAUUCGGAAAAGUUUUACCUCCGUUUUUCCAGAAACGCUCUUUCAGUAUGGGGCGAGCCUGUCACCGAGAGCUCACGCUCCUGUCGCUGCUGGGAUACUUGGCUUGCCUGACCUGCGCGGACGUCUCUCCAUUAGGACGUGUGUUCUUACUGGAUUUGGAGAGUUCAAAAGGUGGACAGGAGAAAGGGUUCGAGGCAGCAACACAUGCCUGUAUGGUUCAAGGGGCCCGGGUGGCAUCCGGGGCCGACCUGCAUCAUGCAGUGUUGGAAUGUGCCUUCUCAGCCUGCUCGCGUGGUUGGCUCUCCGGGCCGAGUGUUGGGACUACAGUGUGCAGCGGCGUCCCGGGGAGUUUGAGGCCAGUUGAUGUGCAGUUGGAGAAUUUAACCGCGGACACUGAGAGACUGGGCGUGUUCUGCGUGAAAGAUAGCGAUACUCCAUGUGGGCAGCCACCUUCAUUCCCAUACUCACAUCUGCAAGGGAAAACGGGGCUUGACCUGGGGGAUGAACUUCUGUAUGCCUGUGACCCAGGAUACAAACUCCCCAAUGGAGAUACGGCCUUUAGCCUGCUUUGCGACAGCUGUGGAGAAUGGUACGGCUUGGUGCAGCAUUGCGUGAAAGAUGAUCCUGAAGGCCACAUCGACUAUGAAGAUAAGUUCACAGAUGGCCAUCUGAGGGAGGAGCAUCAUAUUUCUUUGAAUCCAGGAGGAACGCAGUCCACUGAUCAUGAAGUAGAAGAAUCCUCUCCUGAACCUGAACCUGAGCCAGAACCUGAGCCUGAGCCUGAGCCUGAGCGGACAGUCAUGUCUGAGGAGGAGAAGGAGAAUGAUGAAGAUUCAACUAUAUCCGUCACUGAACCUCCAGUGUCUCAACUCAGUCAGAAGCACAUGUUCUGGUUCCCUUCAGAGGCCUUCCAUGAAGAGAAGAAGCAGCCGGUUAUCACCAGUGAUUCCUCCUCUGUCAAAAGCCCCAAUGAAGACGAGAGCCACACAAUGGUCAAAACAACCGACAGCCAGUCAGGUCCUGAUGUGACCACAGAGGAACGUGAUUAUCCGACAGAUCCUCCCACAGAUGAACCUGCCAGCCCCAGUGCUGGUGGCACAGACGAGUCCUGGCUAGAUGGAUACCCUGUUACUCAGGAUGAAGAUAAAGCUGGAGGUGAGUCCACAGGGGAGGUGGGAUCAGAACAAGGUGGGGAGUCGGAAACAGAGACCCUGACCGGCCACUCGGAAGUUGAGGUGUUUAAGGAUGUAGCCAAAAACCCGGUGGAAGAAGAAGAGACUGGGGGUUUGAUUGACAACCCAGAGGAGGAAGGUGGAGAAAUGAAAAAUCCUGAAGAUACGAUCCUCAGGAAAGGAGAUGAGGAAGAGUUUGGUAAAGGGACAAUCAGAUUUGAAAAGGGAGAAUCUGUUGUAACACCUCAUAAGGAAACAACUGAAGGACUUGCAGAAGAUGAAACGGUGAAAGAAACUUACGCACCAGAGGAAACUGACUCCAAAACAUUGGGGUUUGAUGAUGUUACUGACAGUCCAGCUGUUGUAGAGGUGAAGCCCACCACCUUCAUUACUCAGACCACACCCAGUCCGGAUGAUACUACUGUACACAAAUGGCCCAUGCCAUACACCCCGGCUUCUGCUCCUGAAAAUGUGAGCACCAGUCAAAGCGGAUUGGGCCUUGAGAGCACAACCACACCUUCUGGGAUGGUACAUCUGGAUGGUAUUCCUGAUUUUAUCACCAGCAUCCCCACACCUGUCAUUAAGGAUCCAUGGGAAACCUUUGAUGACCACAUCCUGGAGCACAUCCCUGGUCACGUCCCAACUGAAAACCCUGAAAAUCGGAGCGUGAUGGAACGAGGUGGAGAUCACAGUCUGGAUCAACAGGAGCGAGCUGGAGAGGGUGCUUGUGCAGAAGACCCCUGUCAUGGUUCGGGCCGCGGGCCCAUGAUCGCAGCCAUUAUCAUUGCCGUGGUUGCAGCAGUGGUGGGUGCGAUCUUGGGGGUGUGGUGUUAUAAAAAGAGGCAACAAAAGAGCUCGCACUACCAGCUCAAUGGAACUAACAGGCAAACGCAGUGCAUUGAAUUACAACAGACUGUGUGAAAGUCAUACAGAUCCUUGUAAAUCCACACAGCUUACUCAAUCAUCCAUACAAAGCCAUUUAUGUGUGAACGUUACAGUCUACGUCCACCGGGGCUCAACAAAAUAGUAGAAAAAGUGAAUUAUCUAUCUAUCUAUCUAUCUAUCUAUCUAUCUAUCUAUCUAUCUACCUAUCUAUUGUUUGUUCAUUCUGUUGUUCUAACAUUCUAUCUUUAUCUAUCUAUCUAUCUAUCUAUAUCAAUAGUUUGUUUGUUCAUUCUGUCAUUCUAAAGUUCUAACAUUCAAUCAUUCUGUUGUUUUAACAUUCUGUCUAUCUAUUGUUCUAACGUUCCAUGUACAUAUCUAUCGUUCUAUUUAUUGUUUGUUCAUUCGUUUGUUUUGUCGUUCUAACAUUCUCUCUAUCGCUCAUUUGUUCGUUCUGUCAUUCUAUCAUUCUAACGUUCCAUUUAUCUAUCUAUGUAUGUAUGUAUCUAUCUAUCUCGUUCAUUUGUUUGUUUGUUUCUGUUGUUGUAAUGUUCUAUCUUUCUAGCGUUCCAUCUGUCUAUCUAUUGUUCAUUCGUUUGUUAAUUUGUUCUGUCAUUCUAAUGUUCUAUCUGUCUGUCAUACUAUUUAUCUGUCGUUCAUUCUGAAGUUCUAACAUGCGUUCAUUCUAACGUCCCAUCUACGUAUCUGUCAUUCUAUUUAUUGUUUGUUUGUUCAUUUGUUCUAUCGUUCAUUUGUUUGUUUUGUCAUUCCAAAACAACGUUCUAUCUAUCUAUCUAUCUAUCUAUCUGUCUAUCUAUCUAUCUAUCUAUCUAUCUGUCAUUCUGUUGUUCUAUCUGUCAAUCUAUUCCAUCUUUCUAGAUAACAAAGCUUUCUGUAACCAACGUUCAGAGAUGGCAAACUUUGCUUUGCUAAUUUUUAAAUAUCCAUCAAAUUCAAGAAUUGCAUUGGAAUCAAAAGCAAAAAAACGAAACAAAAAACAUUCUUAAUUCAUUUUUGAAUGCCACACAACCCUGACUUUCACACUAACACAAAGAGUGUUUCUGUUCAACACUCUUUUAUCGCACAAGGCCUAUUUUCAUUGUAUUGUGGAUAACUGAUGUAUCAUGAAUCAGAUGUCUUCUCUUGCUUUGGACGGACUGCAUUGGACUGCGGGUCGGUGCAUGUGUGUACACGGUGCCCAGCUGUCCAGAUUUGUACGUGUUUAUAGCUUUGUCGAUUAGUGAGUAAGCAUGUGUGAAAGAAUCAUUGUGACUUUAGCCUAUUUUGGUUUUGGAAGAGAGCAGUCAGUUAAAAUAGAGUCUGGUUGAACUCAGUAUUCUGUGUGCGCUAUUGAAAGCUUCUAGCUUGCAGACAGGUGAGACAUUCUGGUCAGAGGAACUGAGGGUGAAUUCUGAUUGGCUUUCAACUCAUACAGACCUAGAGCAGUCAGAAUAAAUAGCUUUCAUCCCUAAAUUUAGAAUACAAUGAGCAGUUGUUCAUUUCAGACCCUUUUCCUAUAAAUAAAUGAGUUUCUUGGGGUUGAGCUCAGGACUGAGAAAAGAUUCACACUCACAGACAGGUGAGACAUUCUUCUCAGAGGAACUGAGGAUGGACUCUGAUUGGCUUUCAACACAUUUACAGCUUGUUGAGUUUCAGUUUUUAAAAAAAAAAAAGAUAAAAAAACAUUUGUAGUGCUAUAAAAAGUUAUAUCAUAGCCGACUGUUUUUAAACACUUUCCCAAAUAUCUCAUUGAUGUUCAGUGCAAACUUUUUGGCUGCGUUUUGUACAAAAUAUUCAGUCAUUUAUCACCUCCAGCGACGUUUAUGAGGCAUAUUUAUAUCAUGUGUAUUAUAAAUGUAAAAACUUUAUUUUAGAACUAGUGAAUUAAAACAAAACAAGCACAAAUCAGAUAUGUCUAGAACAGCUUUAUAUUUCAACUGAGGUCAAACAUACAGUAUGCUAUUUUUAGAUAAUAUUAAUAAUUGAUAACUAAGUAUAGUAAAGCCAUUUAUUUCUAGGUGUUGUUAGAGCAAAUGUAGCAUUUUUUACAUUGUUUGAUUUGAUCAUAAAUGAAGAAAAGUGGAGUAAAGCUUCAUGAAUUUUCCAGGGUCAUUUGUAAGUAUCCAUUAAUGAUCGGCUGACAGUAUUAACAUUAUCUAACUGUUUGCGUGUUUUUGUUGGUUGUUGUUGUUUAAAUAUGUUUUUCAACCCUGACAUCUCUGUUUAGUAGAGAAGCUAGUACAUUAGCCAUUUAGCAGAUGCUUUUAUCCAAAGAUACUUACAAAUAAUGACCAUAAUUUUUCACACAAGAGCCAAAAAACACGUGUUUACUUACAAAAUAAUCGCAUUUCCAGUCUUAGGCUGCGUUUACACUCGUGCGUUUUCGUUUUAAAACGUUUUCUUUUACAGCACUCGUUUUCACCCCUGGUUGCAUUUCAGUGUAAACGGACCAAAAUGGAGACCUUUGAAAACGAUAGCGUGGCUGUCCACAUUCAGUUUCUGAAACGCAGUGAAAAGGAGAAUUUUAAAACGCCGUUUUAGUGUAAACAGUGCCUUAAUGCGAAGAAAGUUUAAAAAAGUGACAUUUUAGAUUAAGAAAUCAAUUCCAAUUGGCUACUGUAGCUAUACUUAAAGCUACAGUGGAUAAACACACAAACUUCUUACCAUAAAAUUGUUAAUUUACUAUUUGUAGGGUAAAUGUGGCUAUUGGGACAUGUUUUAUGUGCUCUGGUGUCUUCUCAAAGUUGUUUUCUGAACUGUAACGUGUUUUUAUUGUGAUACGGAACUGUGAGAUUUCAUACUCUUUGUUCUAUUAAUCCAUUUGAAGCUAGAACUGCUUGAUAAUAUCAACAUUACACUGUAACAAUGUCAUUUAGAUGUGACAUGAGGGUAUCUGACUAAACAUAGCUGUGGAAAACUAAUGGAACAUUAACCAAUAAAUUACUUUGGGGGAAAAUUG